UUUUUGCCAGUCGUGUAACCGACCUGAUCGCGUCAAGUUGCUCAAAUAUUUCAAAUCGUUUCCCGGAGUCGGUGCAAAAAUUUCAUCAGGCAUUCCUACGUAUUUUCCUGAAAAUAGCUAGUAUCUAUAAAACCUGUUCCACUGGCGUGCUAUUUUAAAUUAAAGAUUAGAUUGCGCACUUUUUAAUUUCAUGCAAUCCAUUAUUUUACGUCAAUUAGUCACUGUUAAGACUACCUUAAUGUUUGAUAAGAUUUCGGAAAAAGCUCCGGUGAAGAAUAUAAACCAAUGUUCUUGUCAGCGAAAUUAUCAGUUUUUCUUGCUACUUUGACGAGAAAGUGUUUAGCGAACGCUCGUCAUGCUGUUCGCACUGCUCCUACUGGCCGUGGUCUUGGCCUUGGCCAUCAGUUUCUACCUUAAUAUAUACACUUAUUGGUCCCGGCGGGGCGUCCCCCGGGAGAGCCCGCUACCAUUAGUUGGCAACAUGAAAGGCAUCGGAUCGAAAUACCACUUCAGAGACGUCAACCAGAGGAUCUACGACCAAUUCAAGGGAAAGGUUCCCUUCGCCGGAAUGCAUGUCUUCUUUAAGAAAACAGCAAUGAUUUUGGAUCUGGAUCUGGUUAAGCAAGUCCUCAUAAAGGACUUCCAUUACUUCCAGGAUCGUGGAGUUUUCAAUAACACAAAAGACGAUCCCCUGACGGGCCAUCUUUUCGCGCUGGAAGGUGACGAGUGGAAGUCGAUGCGGAAGAUGUUGUCGCCGGUUUUCACAUCCGGAAAAAUAAAGCACAUGUCUGAAAUAAUUGUGGCAGUGUCCCAUCACCUAGUAGAUGCCGUGGAAAAGGAGCUGAAAACCGCUUCCUUAGAAGAUGGCGAAGUAGAAAUUAAGGAUAUUUGUGCACGGUACACUACCGAUGUCAUUGGGUCCUGUGCCUUUGGUCUAGAGUGCUUCAGCCUUAAGGAUCCGAAUUCUGAGUUCAGAAACAAGGGAAGAAUGAUCUUCGAGAAGCCUCGCCAUCAUCAGUUGAUUCAGGCUUUUAUUUUCACUAACGCCAAACUGGCUAGGAAGCUGCGCAUGAAAGUGUUGCCCGAUGAAGUGACUGAGUUCUUUAUUGCAACUGUUAAGAAUACGGUCGAUUAUCGGCUCAAGAACAAUGUUAAAAGAAACGACUUCGUAGAUCAGUUGAUAGAGCUUCGAGCUGAGGAUCAAGAGGCUGCCAAAAAAGGCAAGGGAAUAGAGCUGUCUCAUGGCUUGACCCUCGAACAGAUGGCUGCCCAGGCUUUUGUGUUCUUUAUAGCCGGAUUCGAGACCUCUUCGAGUACAAUGUCGUUCUGCCUUUAUGAAUUGGCUUUGCAGCAGGACAUUCAGGAUAGAGUAAGAGAAGAGAUCAACAGUGUGCUCGGAAAAGUGGAGGGUGGUGAGAUUACUUACGAUGCCUUGGGCGAAAUGACUUACCUGGAACAAGUCAUUGCAGAAACCCUUCGUAAACAUCCCAUUCUCCCUCAUCUUGUGAGGGAAAUAAAUCGCAACUACCAGGUUCCCAACACAGAAUUUGUUAUUGAGAAAGGAAACAACAUCCUCAUACCCGUUCACAACAUCCACCACGACCCGGAAAUAUACCCACAGCCGGAGAAAUUUGAUCCGAGUCGCUUUAAUAGAGAUGAGGUCAGCAGUUGUCAUCCAAUGGCCUACUUGCCCUUCGGAGAUGGUCCUCGUAAUUGCAUCGGACUGCGUUUUGGCAAGAUUCAGUCUAAAAUCGGCUUAGUUGCCUUGUUGCGUAAUUUUAAGUUCAGUCCCUCGAAGCAAACAGAAAUCCCUUUGAUUCUCUCCAAUAAGACCUUCACCUUGUCCACCAAAAACGGUAUUCACCUUAAAGUGGAGAGAAUUUAAAUUUAAGAACUCAAUUGUGAAAAAGUAUAUACAUUUAAUUUAAUUUUUAAAUUUAUCUCUAAUUUGUUUGGCAGUUUUUAAUUAAUUAGGACAAAACUUUUUUGUGUAAUAAUCAGAUGCCAAUAGCAGUUUGUAUAACCUUUUUGGCGCUUAGCCCAAAACAAUGUGUUGGCUAAAAUGCCAGUAUAAUUUUGGCUUAACUGAUCUAAACUUUUCCCAUGUUUGUGGCCGUUUUAAUUGAUUUAAUUGGUUGCUUUAUACAGUUUAGAGCUCGAACAUAAUUACUACCUUGCAGGCCAAUUGUUUCUUUCUAAUUUUUUCUAAAUUAGUUAAAAAUUAUGUAUUAAAAGCAAUGCUGGUGUAACAUUUAAGAUAAUGUGUAAUAUUUAAGCAAAAUUAGUUACAAAGCAUACAAAUAUAAUCUUAUAGUAAUCUGAAA